UUGGGCAUGGAAGAUGGCGAGUGUGGAAGCCGCUGCGGAACAUGAACGAAUUUUACGGGAGAUUGAAAGCACCGACACUAAUUGUAUCGGACCGACUCUCAGGUCCGUCUACGAUGGCCAGGCACAUGGGUUCUUCAUGGACAAGUUGGAGGGGAGGAUCCGGAACCAUGACCGUGAGAUUGAGAAGAUGUGCAACCAUCACUUCCAGGGCUUCGUGGACUCCAUCACGGAGCUUCUCAAAGUGCGGGCAGAGGCCCAGAAGCUGAAGAGCCAAGUGACCGAUACCAACUCACGGCUCCAGGAUGACGGAAAAGAGAUCCUGACCACCAUGGAGGAGCUGACGCAGUGUCGGGUCCAGCAGAGGAACAUCGCCUCCACUGUGGAGAAGCUCUCCCGCUGCCUGCCCGUGCUGCAGAUGUAUAGCAAGCUACAAGAACAGAUGAAGGCCAAACGGUACUAUCCAGCCCUGCGGACCCUGGAGCAUCUGGAGCAGCGCUGUCUGCCGCAGGCGGGAGAGUACCGCUUCUGCGCCAUCAUGGCCGAGAACAUCCCGCGGCUGCGCGUCCACAUCCGAGACGUGUCCAUGUCGGACCUCAAGGACUUCCUGGAGAGCAUCCGCAAGCACUCGGAUAAGAUCGGCGAGACGGCAAUGAAACAGGCCCAGGACCAGGACCAGCGCUCCCUGAACAGCGCAGGCCUGCAGCAGCGAGCAGGCAGCGGGCGGCGCGUCCGGAAGGUGUCGCCCAGCACCGAGCUGGACGGCCAGAGCAGCAGCCCCCUCUCCGAGCAGGACUCCGGCAUCCUGGACGUGGAGGACGAAGAGGAGGACGACGAAGAGGAGGAGGUGCCUGGAGCACAGGAGCUAGUUGACUUCUCUCCUGUCUACCGCUGUCUGCACAUCUACACAGUCCUGGGUGCCAGGGACACGUUCGAGAGCUACUACAGGAAGCAGAGGAGGAAACAAGCGCGGCUGGUGCUGCAGCCACACUCAAACAUGCAUGAAACCCUGGAGGGAUACAGGAGGUACUUCAAUCAAAUAGUGGGGUUUUUCGUGGUGGAGGAUCACGUCCUGCACACGACCCAGGGGCUGGUCAACAGGGCCUACGUGGAGGAGCUGUGGGAGAUGGCCCUGUCCAAGAGCAUCGCAGCGCUGCGCACACACUCGUCGUACUGCACUGAUCCAGACCUAGUGUUGGAUCUGAAGAACCUCAUUGUGCUUUUCGCAGACACACUACAGGGUUAUGGUUUCACCGUAAACCAGUUGUUUGACAUGCUUCUGGAGAUGCGGGACCAAUAUGGGGAGAUCUUGCUGAAGAAAUGGACUGUGUCCUUCAGGCAAAUCCUGGACCAGGAUAACUACAGUCCGAUCCCAGUGGGAACUCCUGAAGAGUACCACAGCAUCGUCAGUCAGUUCCCCUUCCAGGACCCGGAGCUGGACAAGACUCCCUUUCCUAAGAAGCUGCCAUUCUCAGAGUUUGUGCCUAAAGUCUACUGCCAGCUGAAGGAGUUCAUCUAUGCCUGUCUGAAGUUUUCUGAGGACCUUCAUCUCAGUUCGACAGAGAUUGAUGAAAUGAUCCGCAAGUCCACCAACCUGUUGCUCACGAGGACUCUCAGCAACUGCCUUCAGUAUGCCAUCAAGAAGAAGAAUGUAGGACUAGCGGAGCUGGUGCAGGUCAUCAUCAACACUACGCACCUGGAGCAGUCGUGCCACUACCUGGAGGAGUUCAUCUCCAACAUCACCAACGUUCUCCCCGACAACAUGAACGCCACCAAACUCUACGGCACCUCCACCUUCAAGGAUGCGCGCCAUGCGGCGGAAGAAGAGAUCUACACUAAACUCAAUAACAAGAUCGACCAGUUCCUGCAGCUGGCCGAUUACGAUUGGAUGGCGACGCAGGCGGGGGGGGAGGCCAGCGACUACCUGAGUGACCUCAUCGCCUUCCUCUGCAGCACCUUUGCCGUCUUCACCCACCUGCCAGGGAAGGCCAUUGAGCACGGCACCCUUCCGGGUAAGGUGGCCCAGACGGCGUGCAUGUCGGCGUGUAAGCACCUCUCCACCUCGCUGCUGCAGCUGCUGCUGGAGGCCGACGUGCGGCAGGUGUCCAUGGGAGCGCUGCAGCAGUUCAACGUGGACGUCAGGGAGUGCGAGCGGUUUGCCAGGGCGGGCCCGGUGCCUGGCUUCCAGGGGGACACACUGCUGCUCGCCUUCAUCGACUUGAGACAACUCCUUGAUCUCUUCACCCAGUGGGACUGGUCCACGUACCUGGCGGACUACGGGCGCCCCACCUGCAAGUACCUGCGGGUGAACCCGCACACCGCCCUGGCCCUGCUGGAGAAGAUGAAGGACACCAGCCGGAAGAACAACAUGUUCUCGCAGUUCCGCAAGAACGAGCGCGACAAGCAGAAGCUCAUCGACACUGUGGUCAAGCAGCUGAGGAACCUCAUCGCCUCCAACCAGUCCUGAGGACGCAGCCCUCUCAUUGGCAGCCCGGGUGUCAGCUGACACACUCCAGUCCUCACCUCAUUGGUCACCUCUGCCGUCACUCUCCCUCCCCCCAGUUGAGAAGCAUGUCUCCUCACCCUCACCGCCUACAGUUGUGCCAGUCACGCCAGUCACGCCAGUCACGCCACCACCCCAUCUACCCACCCUAUAAGAGUAUAUUCGCUUAUUAUUCAGAUGUGCCCACCUGCCUGUCUUAAGCACGUUUGGCCUCACAAGUCUCCAGUCUUGUGUAACGGAAUGCCUUUCAACCCCCCCAACGAGACGAGAGCUGCUCUUCCACCUCUCCUCCUGUCCUCCUUCCUCGGAGUUCCUGUCUCUUCCCACAGGAUUUGUUACAAGCACAGGAAGGGAUAUGGACGCCGUUUCAUUCCCUUCACCUCAAGACCAGAGCAGACUGGUUCAGAUGUGCAAGUGCCAGGUCUCCCCGGCCACACACAAGCGUUGUUCACAAGAUGCUGGAAGACCUUUUUUUUUUUUUUUUUUUAACCCCAUUGCACAUUCAAGUUUGCCGAGGUGGUACAUUAGUUACUGAUGCCUGUGUGUGUGUGUGUGUGUUUUCACAGCUGUUGAAAGACUUAAAAGUUUGUAAAGGAUCAAAUGAUUUGGACGGCUAGCCGUUUUUUUUUUUUUUUUUGGUCGUCUCUUAGCCUGUGGUCACUGCUCAUGUUGUUUUGUUUUUUUCAUAACCUGAUUGAACUGGAACACUGUCACUGAUUGUAUGCGCUAGCCAAGGUGACCAUAGGAAGCUUUUUUUUUUGUAGGCCACAGCUGGGGGAAGGUGUAUUGUUUGUCAGAGAACGAGUGUUGAGUUUAUGAUUAAAGAGGAGUGCCAUAGCCUUAGCGUAUGCCUUUAAGCCUUUUUUGGUCCUGCUUGACAUGCUUCUCCUUGUCCUGCAGUCACCUGUAUAAUAUAACCUGUAUAACUCUAUUGCAUAGACACCUUUUAAUAUCGUUGUGAGACAGUUUAGUGUAGGCACUGGAUACGAAGGGUCUAGUCUUCCGUCAAUAUAAAUGUGUGCGUGUGUGAGUGUGUGAGAGAGAGAGAGACAGACAGGAGUGACAGUUAAGCAUUUGUACAAAACCUUCAUUAUAUAAAUGAUGGGUUCUUUUUUUUGUUGUAAUUUUAAACUUUUUCCUGGUUUGAUAGGUGCAAUACAAUUUCAGAGUGGUUUCCGAGUGUAAGAAAAGUGAAUAUGGGCUUAUCUGGAUUAGAGCAGACGGAAUAGACUUGAUGUGGUUGAUUUAAAUCUCAUCAAACUGUUCCAGCUCUGUGUGGGUGCUUAUUCAAGUGGUCGCUCUUGCACCCAAACAAAGGGAUUCAGACUGGCUGAGAGAUAGGGAAGAAAGGGAAGAUGCAGUCACUGUCCUUUCAGCUUUUAGAGGGACACAAUGCAUCAUGUUCAGAUUUUAUAGGAGUGUGUGCGUGUGCGUGUGUGUGCAUGCGAGUGUGUGCAUGCGAGUGUGUGAGUGUGUGCAUGCGAGUGUGUGAGUGUGUGUGAGUGUGUGUGAGUGUGUGUGAGUGUGUGUGAGUGUGUGAAUGUGUGUGUUACUGCAUCCAACUGGAGUUUUGAGAAAAAGACACACUGUUGUGCUCGCGUGUAUAUGUUUGUGCGUAUGUCAACGUUUUUGCUUCUUCUUUUUGGGCCACAGUCAGAGUCGAUGCCCAAGUGAAUACAGAGAGCUUGUUGCCACAAGAGCCUUUUGGUUUGAAAUGAAACUGUUUUGAUGGGGUUCUCUGUCAACUGACACUGCUGCACUAUACAGUUUUGUUAUGUUAAACCACUAAUGGAUAAUUUUGCAAUACUAAUAAAGCUUAAACAAAUGGCCAAGAGCAAUACUGAAUAAAUCA